GGCGGCGCGGGGCGGUGAGGCGCGGCGGUCUCGGCGGCGGCUCCGCUCCCGGUCCCGGUGCGGCCAUGGCCCAACACGGCGGCCCCGCGGUGCUCCCGGAUAACCCCUUCCAGGACCCCGCCGUGGUGCAGCACCGGCCCGGCCCCGACAGCGCGGCGCUGGACGCCUAUAACCCCUUCGAGAGCGGCGCGCCGCCGCCGCCGUACCGCGCUCCGCCCGAGGCUGCGCCGCCGCCGGGAACCGCGCAGCCCCCGAGGAGGCCGAGUCCGACCGAGCCGCGGAACUACGGCUCCUACGGGACGCAGGCCUCGGCUGCGGCUGCCACGGCCGAGCUGCUGAAGCGGCAGGAGGAGCUGAACCGGAAGGCGGAGGAGUUGGACCGGAGGGAACGGGAGCUGCAGAACGCGGCCCUGGGGGGCAGCGCCGCCCGAGCCAACAAUUGGCCCCCCCUGCCGUCCUUCUGCCCGGUGAAGCCGUGCUUCUAUCAGGACAUCCCCGUGGAGAUCCCCGCCGACUUCCAGAAGACGGUCACGGCGAUGUAUUACCUCUGGAUGGCCAGCACCAUUGGUCUCCUCCUGAACUUCCUCUCCUCGCUGGCCUGGUUCUGUGUGGAUCCCUCCUCAGGUUCUGGCUUUGGCCUCUCCAUCCUCUGGGCUCUGCUCUACACGCCCUGCUCCUUCGUCUGCUGGUACCGGCCCAUGUACAAAGCGUUCAGGAGCGACAGCUCAUUCAACUUCUUUGUCUUCUUCUUCAUCUUCUUUGCCCAGAACGUGGUGUACGUCCUGCAGGCAAUUGGGAUCCCAAACUGGGGCUUCAGCGGUUGGAUUCUGAGUCUGAUAGCGCUGAGGACGAACAAAGCCGUGGCAGUGAUGAUGAUCCUGGUGUCUUUGCUCUUCACAGCACAGGCAGUGCUGGGUAUUAUAAUGCUGAAAAGGAUCCACUCUCUGUACCGUCGGACGGGCGCCAGCUUCCAGAAGGCCCAGGAGGAAUUUGCUGCCGGGGUCUUUUCCAACCAAGCCGUGCGCACAGCGGCGGCCAACGCUGCUGCAGGAGCCGCCACCAACGCCUUCCGAGCGCCGUAGGUGGCUCCGCUGCCCUCACCACGAGGAAAGCCAAGCUCUGCUGGCCGCUGCCACGUCCCAGCUUGGGAGCGCCGGAUCGUCUGCUGCUCUGCUGCCCCCCCACAUCCCCAUUCCCUCUGUGGAUGGAGGGGGGGUCGCUGCCUUCCCUUCCAGCCCUGCUGGGUGGGAUUCUCCCCCCUGGUGUUGGGGCAGGGGUUGAAAUGGCCGCUGCCCGUUCCUUCUGUUACCCACAGUCUCCUUCCCCCCCCCCCCGGUGCUGCUGUGGGGGCGCGGAGUUCCCACUGCUGUCCAUUCCUGCCACGCUCAGGAGCCGAUGCAGCCCUGGGGGGGGUCUUUGUGUUCCUUCCCUUUGCAGUGGGACCCCGGGGGGGUGGCUUUGUUCAUGGGGGGCUGUAUGGGGAACCCCUCCCCCUUAUUCCCUGCCCCCUCUCCUUGGUGGUGCGGGGCUGAGCCCACUCUGAAGGGUGGGGGGGGAUACGCUGUGCCGGGCAGCCGUGGUGCCUCCUUUCCAUGUUCCCCUUCAUUGUGUUCUGCCAUGGGGCAGCAUCACCCCCCCCCCCCACCCCCCCGGCCCCCUUUGCUCCGUGUUCUAUGAGCAGCUCCCCCCUCCUGGGGGGCACUGAGCCGUUCCCUGUGUGCCCCUCACCCCCUUCUGCUGCCACCCGUGGGUUGGAGCCCCCUGGCAGCAUUAUGGGGGGGGGGGGGGGGGGGGGGGGGGGCCUGUGAGUUGUGCUUUCACCAUCUCCUGGCUGUGGGUUGGGGGGUUUCAUUCCUGCUGCUCCUGGGGGGGGGGUUCGUGCCUUCACCUGUGCCCGGCGGGGGGGGGGUCCGGCCGCGGCUCUCUGCCCCUCUUGGGGUCGCCGUAGGGUGAGAGUGGCUGUACCCCCCCCCGCUGCCGCCUCGCUCCUCUUCUGCCCCCCCCCCCCCCCCCCCCCCCCCCCCCCCGCGUUGCUGUGCCGUAUGCGAAACCGCCUUUGGUUUUUAAUUUAAGGAAUAAAUGAAGUUGGACUC